AUGAAGAUUACAAUCGCUUUCGUAUUGGUCCUCGGAUCCGUGUCAGCUCUCGGCUCAGGACCUUAUCUGCCCAGCGGCUGGAAACCAGACGGACCAGCUUUUUAUCUUCCAUCCGAAACUGAGGUAAAACCAGAUAAUCCUCUGAAAGAAGUUCUGUACCAAGAAACUGAGGCGUCGGGCUCCGAGGGUCUGCGCGAGUAUGGUCCUCCCAAGGUGGAGAUCAACCAGGGUCUUCCUGAUGAAGUGACUGAACAGCUCUUCUCUUCUGAAGUCGUAGAAACUAAAUCCGAAGUGGCCGUGGAAGAAAAAGAGACUAUUACUGAAGUUGUAGUAGAAGAAAAGGCAGUUGAAAAAGAAGAAGUUGCGGUCACUGAAUCCGCAGUUGCUGAGGAAGGAAAGGCAGAACAGACGGAGUCAGUGGACGCUGGCUCCGUGGAAGUUGCAGUCACUGAGACUACUGUUGUUCAGGAAGAAAAGAAGACAGAACAGGUGGAGGCAGUUGAAGCUGAGGCUGUAACUGUUGCAGUAACAGAGUCUGCUGUUGUUGUUGAAGAAAAGAAGGUAGAGCAGGACGAUUCGGUUGUAGCUGCCGCUGUAGAUGCUGGAGUCCAGGUUGCAGUUGAACAAGUCACUAGUGCUUCUGCUGAAGAGAAUGCAAUACAACAAACCGAAGAGGCAACUGAAAAUCUGGAACAAACGAUAACCGCUGAAGUCACAACUGACACUGUAAAGACAACCGUCGAAGAAGUCACUGAGGCUGUAUUGACAGUAGCAAACGAAGAAUCACAGCAGAACAUAGUUGAGCAAACCGUCAAAGAGAAUACCGAAUCAAAAGUCGUUGAACAGACUGUCGAAGUCAAAGUUGACACGACCGACUCCGUAAAUGCCGAGCAGGAAAUAAAAACUGUAGAAGAAGGCAUCAAGAAUAUAGCUGAGGCUCUAGUGAUUCUCGAAAAUGAGGUCAAAGCCGAACAGGUCGCCACUGAAGUUCAAAAAUCGGACGAAGUUUCAAGUAACGCUGAAGUCCCGAUUGGCUUUCUCGAAUACGGUCCCCCCGGCUUCAGGGAGUACGGGCCACCCAAAGGGGAUGAGCUGUUGAGGACUGUCGUUCAGGAAUCAUUGAGCCUCCAGCCCUUAGCCAGCAACGAGCUUAGGAAGCGUCGCUUCUCUCCUAAAUUCAGGUCAACUAAGAAGCACUGA